AUGGCCGCACCCGAAUUGCAACUUUUCAUAUCCCCAGGAUCUUGCGCUACGGCUGCAUACGCUCUACUCAUCGAGUCUGGACUUCCAUUCUCGACCAAGGUCAUCAACGUCUUUGAGGGCUUCCCCGUGGAUGCUCUACAUCUCAACCCGAAGGGUAGAGUACCCAUAUUGCACAUAAACGGCAAAAUCAUCACGGAGAUGCCAGCCAUUAUGAUGGCUAUCGCACAGCUCGUCCCCGACAGAAAGUUCCUCGGGGAGACAAACCUGAAAGCCGUUCGGUGCUACGAAUGGUUCAGCUUUCUAUCCGGAGAGCUGCAUACGCUGGGCUACUACCCCGUCUUCCGCCCACACUACUUCAUCGACGACAAGGCCACAUGUGAUGAGCUGCGGAAGAAAGGUCUUGAGAAGGUGGGGAAGUAUUAUGGUAUGAUUGAGGACAAACUCGAGGGCUUGCAUGCAGUAGGAGAUAAAUUUACCGCUGCGGAUGUGUAUCUACUGCCCUUUUAUCGCUGGGGCAUCGCCUGGGGGUUUGCUAUGAAGGAGAAGUAUCCAAAGUAUACCGCGCUUAUCGAGAAACUGGUACAGCGGGAAAGUGUCAAGAAGGCGUGUGAGAUAGAUGGUAUAGAGCCACUUUCCGCGGAUCUGCUCAAAUUACCGCAGUUGUUGGUGAAGUAG